AGAAUUACCGGUGUCCUUUUUCUUCAUAAAUAACUGCUAUUAAAAUGCUGUUUCCUCCAAACAACACAACAUUGGCAGUUGGAUAGUCACGAUGUUACGAAGCAGUUUUCAAGUUCAUUUAUCCAGUUGCAAAAUGACAACUUCCUGGAGUGAUCGUCUUCAAAAUGCAGCUGAUCUACCCGCCAAUAUGGAUGGUCUUGCCAUGAAAAAGUAUCGCCGUGAAGCUUACCACAGGGUGUUUGUGAAUAGAAGUCUAGCAAUGGAAAAGAUCAAAUGCUUUGGAUUUGAUAUGGAUUAUACACUUGCUGUAUACAAGUCGCCAGAGUAUGAAUCUCUUGGCUUUGAUCUGACAGUUGAAAGACUUGUGUCCAUUGGAUAUCCUCAAGAGCUUUUAAGCUUUGUUUAUGACCCUACUUUUCCCACCAGGGGCCUGGUAUUUGAUACUAUGUAUGGAAAUCUGUUAAAAGUGGAUGCGUAUGGGAAUAUUUUAGUCUGUGCACAUGGAUUUAACUUCAUGAGAGGACCAGAAACCAGGGAACAAUACCCAAAUAAGUUUAUCCAGCGGGAUGAUACAGAUCGAUUCUACAUUCUCAACACCCUAUUCAACUUACCAGAAACCUACCUGCUGGCUUGUUUAGUAGAUUUCUUUACUAACUGUGACAGGUACACAAGCUGUGAUAAAGGAUUUAAAGAUGGAGAUCUCUUUAUGUCUUUCCGAAGCAUGUUUCAGGAUGUAAGAGAUGCAGUUGACUGGGUUCAUUACAAGGGAUCCCUCAAGGAGAAGACACUAGAGAAUUUGCCAAAGUAUGUUGUUAAAGAUUCAAAGCUUCCGUUGCUUUUGAGUCGAAUUACUGAGAUUGGGAAAGUGUUCCUGGUGACAAACAGUGAUUACAAAUAUACCCAUAAAAUGAUGACAUUUCUCUUUGAUUUCCCACAUGGACCAAAGCCUGGGAGUCAACACCGGCCUUGGCAAUCCUAUUUUGAUUUAAUUUUAGUUGAUGCACGUAAACCUCUGUUCUUUGGGGAAGGAACAGUCUUGAGACAAGUGGAUAAUUCGACUGGCAAGUUGAAAAUUGGGACGUACACUGGACCUUUGCAACAUGGAAUUGUUUAUUCAGGAGGUUCCUCUGACAUUUUGUGCGACUUGUUGGGAGCAAAGGGUAAAGAUAUCCUGUACAUCGGUGACCACAUUUUUGGUGAUAUUUUGAAGUCAAAGAAACGUCAGGGAUGGAGAACCUUCCUAGUCAUUCCAGAGUUGGCGCAAGAACUACAUGUCUGGACAGACAAAAGCUCACUUUUCGAAGAACUUAAGGGUCUGGACAUUUUCUUGGCUGAGCUGUAUAAGCAUUUGGAUAGCAGCAGUAAUGAGAGACCUGAUAUCAGUUCUAUCCAGAAGCGCAUUAAGAAAGUCACCCAUGACAUGGAUAUGUGCUAUGGAAUGAUGGGUAGUCUGUUUCGCAGCGGUUCUCGACAGACUCUGUUUGCAAGUCAAGUAAUGCGAUAUGCUGACUUAUAUGCUGCAUCUUUUAUCAAUCUCCUGUAUUACCCAUUCAGUUACCUCUUCAGGGCUGCACAUGUAUUGAUGCCCCAUGAAUCCACCGUUGAGCACAUUCAUGUAAACAUUAAUGAAAAAGAGUCACCAAUGGCCACUCGCAAUCGCUGUUCACUGGAUUUCAAGGACUCUGAUAUGAAGCGACAUCAGCUAACGCGUUCCAUCAGCGAGAUUAAACCACCCAAUCUUUUCCCUCAGACACCUCAGGAAAUUACUCACUGUCAUGAUGAAGAUGACGAUGAAGAAGAAGAAGAAGAGGAGGAGGAGGAAGAAGAAGAAGAAUAAAACUUUCUUUACAUUGAAAUAGUAUCCAUAAUAGAAAAAUGACUUAUUUCAGUUUUGAAACUAAAGAAGAAUUUACUGUAAUAUUUCUUUAGGGAGAUAUUCUUCCUAUGCAACAUUUCCAGUUUUAACAGACACAGAAAAAAUUGUUUUUUUUCUGUAUUUUUUUUUCCCUUCCAUCCAACAAUUCUAAAUGCAAAGAAGUAUUUGCACUUAAUAAUUUUGACUAAUACAGUUCCAUUGGAGUGUAGAAAUAUCAGGUGCCGCUCCUCUCAAUUUUCGAGAGAAAUAGCACAGUAUUUACCUUUCAUUGUUUUGCUUUUUUUUUAUUAUUUUUAUUUUAGUUUUUAAUGCUCCAACAAUUUUUCUCAACUUCAGAAAUAAUACAAAGUUCAUUUCUAAAACAUAUCUGUAGUAAAAGCAUUGUAUAUACAGGGAGAUAAUAGAAAAUAUUUUAGACAAGUUGACAACAAUUAGAAAUAGAUGGUGGAAAAUAUAUUUAUCAUUAAAAAAAAAAUCACAGUUUGAAAACUUUUUAAAGUAUUUUAUGGUGUAUGUGCAGUUGAGAUUAACCCUUAUAUUGUAUUAAUGUUUCUGAUCUGUGAUUUUAGUUAUGAUUUAAUUAUGAUUUAAAUAGACCAACAACUGAAUUGUGUACAAAAUAGUAGAAAAAAAAAGAAAUUUCCAUUUUAAAAAAAUCUAUACGUGCUGCCUUUAGAUUUGUAAACAUUUCCUGAGAGUAGGUGUUAUGGAAUCCUAUGAUGCUUUAGACCACAAUACAUUCAGGUUGAAAUGGUCAUAUAUAGUACAAUCCCUAAACAAUGCUUUAUAAGAAUUUGAAAACAUAAAAAUAUAUUCAAGAAUAAAUCACAUGAAAGGUUAAUAUUUGGAGCAAUUUAGUUUCUAACCAGUGUACCACAGUGGUAUGGGUUAUACAGCUGCUGUUUCACAGGCUUUGCCAGGAGUAAGGCUAAAUAUGAAAAAUAAUAGUUUUAUUAACAUUUUUACAUAUUUUCUUUUGUAAAAAAAAUCAUUAGUUUGCAUGCAUCUAGUACUCAGUAUCCAUAUAUUCUUUUUUGUAGUGAAAUAUGCAUUAAAAACACCAACAACAAAAAAUACAGAGAACUGAUAUUGAGUUUAUAUUAUUGCUUUUCUUUCUUUUUUUUUUUUUUUUUGGUGGAACAUUUUACUUUUGCAGGAAAAAAAAUAUGUUUAGCCCUGGGAUCUCUUCAUUUUAGCAUAUUUGGAGUAUUGCUAAUUUGGUAUCUAAUUUGUAUUGUUUAUUUCAACAAUAUUUUAAAUGUAUCCAGAGAUCCACAUUGUUCCCUUUUUUUUUGUACAUUUUAAUAUCACUGUGUGAAUAUAUGUUGAUCCAAUAAGCUCAGUAUUUAAAUUGCAGCAUAUAACUGGAACGGUUUGUUAUAGACAUAAGUAUCAAAAGGCUAUCACACUAUUUCAUGGCUUUAAUUAAACGUGACCAAUUUUCCUUGCAGUUUAUAAUUUAGUUUUAGGUAUAUCACAGAACUAAAAAAAAAUUGCCAAACUGCAAGAUCCCUUUAAUGCUAACAUUUUCACAAGCAUAACUCACUGAAUAAGCGGUAUCCAUAACGUAACCAGUUUUGAAUGGAAAAUAUAAAACUUGAAAUUUCUACAAAGGUAAAAUGCACAGUGAGUAGACACCCAACCCUAUUAAACAGAGUUUGGCCAAUAUAUUUUAUAUUGUGCACUAAUUAAAAUAAUAUGUGGAUUUAAUUUAACCUUGUUAAAGUGAAGGUUUUGAGUAUAGUUUGGUUAUUUUAUGCUUUACUAUACUUUUAAGGCCGGAGAUUGAUAAAUGCGGUGCAACUCUUUGCUAGUAAUCUCAGUCUACACUUGACUGUGUAUCUAUGCAUGAUCUUCAUAUCGUGAGACUAAUUUAGACCAUAUGUAUUUGGAUUUUGCACUACAUUUAUUACAUUUGUUAAUACUGUGAUCUAUACAAUGCAAUUUCCAACACAGACCCUAUUCUAAGACAUUACUUACUUUUUCUAUAUGAAAGUGUGGUUUCUAAAUAUCACUAACAAAUUUCUGUUUUACUCCAUUUUUGCUUAUAACAAGUACUGUGAAAUAUUUAUGCGUGUUUUAUCAUUACAGGUAAUGAAAAAUACUGUAUGGGUUUCAAAAUUUUAAUUUCAAAUUUGUAUGAAAAAAAAAAGCAUUUACAAAGCACAGUUGUAAAAUUAGCACAAUGAGUGACCGAGCUUUUUUGUGCGAUUUUAUCUACGCCUGCAUUUUUGAUUCAUUAAAAGCAAACAUUUCUAAGUUUUAUGUUGGAUAGAUGCUUCUAUUUUGACACUGUAAGAAAGGAUGAUUACUUUAUGGAAGGUAUUGCUUGUUAUAUAUAAAAAAAAGUUGAAUAUUCCAUUUUGGAAUUGGUUAGUUUUGCGGGCUGGUUUGUAAAUCACAAUAUACUGUAUAGCCAAUAAAUCUUUAAAAAAAUGUUUAUUUUUUAUUUAUUCUAUAUUAAAAAAUCUUAUCUAAA